GGGGGGAGAGAGAGAGAGAGAGAGAGAGAGAAAGAGACUCUCUCUCACACACAUCUUCAUACACAGAGGCGACUAGUCGCUGUUUGUGCUCCUGGAACUGCCUCAAGAAAUUUUGACCUCUGACCUCUGACCUCACCACACUCCCAUCCUUGCCCCCACCCCUGCUCGGCCAAUCACAGCAGCCAUGGGGAGGAAAAAGAUCCAGAUUCAGCGAAUUACAGACGAGCGUAACAGACAGGUGACCUUCACCAAACGGAAGUUUGGUCUGAUGAAGAAAGCCUACGAGCUCAGUGUGUUGUGUGACUGUGAGAUUGCCCUCAUUAUUUUCAAUCACUCAAACAAGCUCUUCCAGUAUGCCAGCACCGACAUGGACAAAGUGCUCCUCAAAUACACCGAGUACAAUGAGCCGCACGAAAGCAGGACCAACGCAGACAUCAUUGAGGCUCUGAACAAGAAAGAGCACCGGGAUUCGGAGAGCCCAGACCCCGAGGAGCCGUUCUCCCUCACACCUCGCACAGAGGAGAAGUACAAAAAGAUAGACGAGGAGUUUGAUAAAAUGAUGCAGAGCUAUAGGCUUUCAUCCACAGUGCCACCGCCCACUUUCUCCAUGCCAGUCACAGUGCCGGUGUCCAGUCAGAGCCCUCUGCCAUUCAGCAAUCCCAGCAGCCUUGUCACCACUUCCUUCGUCACCUCCACUCUCACAGACCCACGCCUGCUGUCGCCACAGCAACCGCAGCUGCAGAGGAACACAGUGUCUCCAGGCCUGCCACAGAGACCUGCCAGUGCAGGUGCUCUUCUGGGAGGUGACCUCAACAAUUCAAACGGAGCGUGCCCAAGCCCUGUGGCCAAUGGUUACGUCAGUGCCAGGGCCUCCCCAGGACUCCUCUCAGUCUCCAACGGAAACAGCCUGGGGAAAGUAGUCCCGGCUAAAUCUCCCCCUCCACCCAGCACUCAGAUGGGGAACAGUCGUAAACCGGACCUUCGGGUCAUCACCUCCCAGAGCAGCAAGGGUCUCAUGCAGCUGACAGAUGAAGAGCUGGAGUUGGUGAGUGAGGCUUUCCAGAACGCUCAGCGGUUAGGCGCCUCUCAAGUGACCCAGCCUCUUACCACACCAGUGGUUUCCGUGGCAACGCCGAGCCUCCUGACUCCAUUCUCCAUGCCAACCGCCUACAACACAGAGUACCAGCUAACAAGUGCAGAUCUCACAGCCCUCCAGGCCUUUACGCCAUCGGGUGCACUGUUGCCAAGCAACAUGACCACUUGGCAACAGCAGCAGCAGCCAUCUGUAUCCCAGCAACCACAGCAGCAGCAAUCCGUAUCCCAGCAACAGCCUCAGCAGCAGCAGCAACAACAAUCCCAGCAGCUAACUCUGGCCUCCCUCAGUAAUCUUGUCAUGUGGGGCUCAGACAGACAGAACGGAGAGAUGGCUCACUGCAUCUCUGGUCUGGCUGCUAAUCUCAGUGUGACAUCUCAGGGCAGCUUACUCUUGGGCAGGGAGGAAGGGAUCAGCUGGCCCGUGGGAACGAUCCCUCAUGGAGCUACGCUGACGGUUAACACUAACCCCAACGUCAGCAUCAAAUCCGAGCCAGUGUCUCCUAACCGGGAUCGCAGCACCCCUUGUUCCACCGCCGGGGCAGCGGGUGGCAUAUCAGGCCUAACUGUGACCCAGUAUCCAGCGACGCUCCGUUUGGAGCCCACCGGCCGCUCUCCGGUCGACAGCAUCAGCAGUAACGGCAGCUCUUACGAGGGAAGCGACCGAGACGACGGAGGGCAGCAGCGCCAUCCCGAUUUCAACUCCGCCAGCCUGGGUCUCCUCCGAGCUUCCGGAGAGCAACCGGCUCAAGCAGAGCAGCAGGAGUCAGCCAGCGUCAAACGCAUGAGACUGGACACCUGGGUCACAUAAACGCUGAAAGAGAAAGCGAGAGAGCUGCUCUCUCACCCGCACAUACACACACACUGACACAAACACACCCCUAGUGGCACCUGCUUUCAGCAGCCAAUCUCAGUCCACACUUAGACACAUGCAUGCGCCUGUCUCUCUCUAUCUUCCUGUCUCUCUCACUCUUGUCUCACUCUCAGACACACUCAUAUUUACUGGUGUGUGUGUAUAUAUUUAUAUAAAAUAUGCAUAUAUGAUCACACACGCACUAGAUCCUCACACACACAGUUGCCAAUCCAGGUGUAAACGUGUUCACAUAUAAGAGACUGAAGAGAUGUACCAGGCGGAUGGUUACGUCUCUGAUAUCCUCGCCCUUGCUCAGAAAGGCCGUCUGGAUCUCAGAUCAACUUUUGCAGGCCUUACCGUCGACCCGAUCAGCACUGCUCUGUCGAAACAGCAUAACAACAGCUUAUGUUGCAUAGACAAGCCUGUCAAUCUCUUUUUAUUAUUGAUUUCUAUUUUGUUUUGUUUUUGUAUGAAUGGUUAAAUUUGCCAUUUAUCUUCUCGACUGACUCUUUCUCUCUUGCUUUUCAUGUAUUUUGUUUUUGUCUAUCUGCUUGAGCAGCUGCCUUUAGAAUCGGCCCCCAUCCUUUUGUAACAACUUUAAAGUAGGAUCUUUAUUUUUGUUUUUCUAACUGUGCAAAAACUACGCAUAGUGUGCGUGUGUGUGUGUGUGUGUGUGUGUGUGUGUGUGUGUGUGUCAGCUGUGAGACGGAGGUGCUCAUUCAUUCGAUCGCUAAACACAAUUCAACCAAAAAAGCUCCACUCGAUCAUGUUUGUUUUCCAUCAUUCGUCGAACCGUAAUCUCGCACCAGUCCCCUCGCUUGCACACUCGUAUGUGUGUGUCUAUCGGCGGAGAUCGAAGCACAAAUGCCGCUCCGUGUCGAUUUUCUGCAUAUGCGUGGACUGUAAAUGUGGUGUCGUUGAUGGAAAUGUAGAUCUGUCUGUACUAAUGAGAUCCAGGCGUGCAGGAAACACACAGACGUGUUCGUAUCAGCCUGCAGUGUAACUGUGAGCAGCCACAUCAUGCUCAAUUUAUUGUUUUCGUCUGGCUGUGUAAUUCAGAGAUUAAUUAGUUAACUCUAUGGGAUGAGUAUGCUUAAUUACUGUUUGUAAGAUUCCAGGAAUAAGUAAAAAGUGGUCAAAAAAAGUCUGAGUUGUUGUUUAACUCAAGAUGGCGAGUUUUUAGAUGUUUGAGAUCAUGUAUAUACAAAAUUUCUCAGUGUUUCAGAACAGGUCUAUAGCGAAAGAGUUGGUGGCAAACACAUCUCAGCUCGCUCAUUUCAGCUGACAAAGAGAUGGAGGAUCGUGUAGCGCUGUGUGUGUGUGAGAAGCGUUGAGAUUGUACAUAGCGAUGUAUGUUCACAUAUAUUCUGCUGGGUCUUUCUGAAACAGCGCCGUAAUCUCAGUGGAACCGUCUCUGUCAACCUCUACCUGUAAAUAAACCGUACCGUGUUGUAAGUAAGCAAGGUGGAGAGGCAGACGAAGGAGGAUUUGACUGUUUUUAAGCGUGACGCUUUUCUGUCGUUUUUAUCCUGAUGGCACGCACUUUAAAAUCUUUCCCCCUUGCCCGCUCGCACACCUUCAGACACACACGUGAGGGAUUUAUGCUUCCUCGCAUUUUCAUUUUCACGAUCAGUCCACUAUCCAUCAUUUUUACACCUCUGUUCCCCCCCAUCAGGAAUUUUCUAGAGCGAUUUCCCUGACAGCUCCGAAGGGAAUACAGCCUCCUAUAAGACGUUAAAAGCAUUCAGGGAAGGACGUUUGUUUGUUUUGUUUUGUUUUGUUUAACUGUGAACAAUAAUAGAAGAAAUAUGUCACGUUUUGUAAAAAGAAAAGAAAAAAGACAACAAAGAAAAAAGAAUGUUGUACUGAAAUCUAGAUUAGGCUUUACACGUGUUGCAGAUGUGACAGUUAUGUACACAAAUCGUUUUCUGUGCGUUAGUGUAUUCUCUAAGCGACAAAGAUGAAGGAUGUUUCCGUGACGAUUUUGAGAAAUGACGACAGAUUAAGUGAAGACAGCAUUAGGGAAGGGAAUUAUUUCAAAUAUGGCAUAUUCUCCUCUAAAAAAAGAUGCAUUUUAAGUGUUAGUAUAUUUAUAUUCAAGGUGAGACUCACCUGUCCGUCAUCGGCUUCUCUACCUCUCCCUUCAUCCUCUCGUAUCUUCUCUUUCUCUCCUUUUUUCCCCCCACUCCUUCACUCACAGAGGAAGAAAGAAGCCAUUUAAUUUCACCUCAACAGGUGACCCACCUUUUGUUAAACCAGAUUCCACACGCACACACACACUUGAUGGAUGCAGUACUGGGAGAGUAAGCAUUUGUUGGGACUCAUCACAGACCUGCGUUCGUAUAUCCCAUCGACUGAGGUUCUAGAGCUACUGGGCGGAUGUUUCUAGAACUGUAUCACAGCAGAGUGAGGCCUCUGCAGUGCACCCAGCUGACUUAAAGACUGUUGUGUCCUGAGCUUUGAACAAAUGCAGUGAUUUCUAUGUACGUUUAUAAGAUGACGGCCGGUGACUGUAAAGCGUUGCGCCUGGGAUGGUCCAGUGCCUCGAAGCACUGGCUAUGUUGAUUUUUAGGCUAAGACAAAGUUCGAAAAGCUCUCGCAAGGACCUCGUGAUAAAAUUACGAAUCUGAGUAAUCAAAGAAAAGACAAUCGUCUGGUGAAUAGUUCACUUUGGCCCCCGUAUUACCUUUGUAUGAUGUCUAGAGAUUCUCACAUACUUUUUCUCGUGUUAAUUUGUGCUGGUGACAGUUUUAUUGUCUGUUUUUAUUAUAAUUGUUAUGAUGAUUAUCAUUACCAUUAUGGUUAUCAUCACAGAUGGUAAUAAUAAUGAUAAAUUAAGAGAGAGACGGUUUUUAUUUUUUGCUUUUUUUUUUUCAUGUAGGUUAGACAUCCUAUUUUAUUUUCAUUUGAUUUGAUUUUAUUAUAUAUGAAUAUUAUAUAAAUAUAUUUUCAUUUUUGUUGUUUUUGUCUUUUUUUUCCUUCAAAGGGGUGUUACUAAUAUUGCACGAUUUAUUAAGUAAAACAAAACCGUUGUAGUAAUAUUAGUACUUAUUGCUAAUUGAGGGAAGCGAUAAACAGGUUCAACAGAAUGACCAGUUCAAUGCUGCAAUUUUUAGUCAAUUGUACAAUAGUAUCUACACAUAGUUAAGGUGGGACAUCCACACGUUUAAUUUAUUCUGAUCAGACACAAUGCAUGGGCAUCAGACAAGCAAAGAAUGAGUCAUAUAAUAAAUAAACUGAAAUGUAAUUUCGAUAAGAAUAUACAACACAAACCUAGAAUAGAAAUUGAAGAAAAAAAGUUUAAAAAAGAAAAAUUAUAGCUAAUAUAUUGUGUUCGGCUAGUCUGCUUUGAGUUUUGUUGUAAAAAGAAAAAGACAAAAAAAAAAAGUUCUGUUGUUUUCGGAGAAUGAUAUACAAUUUGUGUAUAUUUUCAUAAACAAAGUAUGCACUGAAUAUGUUAUUACAAAUUCUAUACUGCUUUUACAAAAGAGUGUUUGUUAUUGUACCAAAGUAUCCAUUGUCCUUUAUGACCCUCCCCUUUUGCGUAUGUUUUAUUGUAUUUUAUAUAUUAAAUAGACAAGUUGACCUACA